AUGGCAACCCCAUCAUCUAGUGACUACAUCAACAAAGUCAAAACAUUGAUAUCGCAACAUCCGUAUUUGAUGCUUUCAAAGUCUUGGUGUCCUGAUUGUCAUUAUGUCUACAAUUUGUUCAAACAAGAAGGGAUAUACGACAAGUUAUACAUCAUUGAAUUGGAUCAACUCCAAGAUCAGGAUGAGGCAACGUCCUUGGAAAAUGCAUUUACUGAAAUUGUGGGGAAGAAAUGGGUGCCACUGUUGUUUUUCCAAGGAAGGUACUGGGGAAACGAACAAGAUUUAAAAAACUUGCGAAAACAAGGAGAGUUAGAAUCAGAGUUUAAGAAGCUAAAAUUGCUUUGA